UACAUGGAAAUAGAGUGACAUUGAGAAGGCAUCUGAGUUGUUACUCAUUGAUCUCAGCUUCAUACUGCAUGUCUCAUUCGUAAACUUCUUUGGAUUAAAACACUUUCUAAAUGAGUAAAUGUACAUGUAGGAAGAAGGCAGCUUUGUGUCCUGGGAGGGACUAACUGAAGCGUAAGCAGUUGCGACUGAGUGCAGGUCACAGACAAGCCUCUGACUGAUAAUGGCAUCUAGACUAUGUGACAGUGUUCUGGUGACUGGAUCAAACCGUGGAAUUGGACUUGAGUUGGUUCGCCAGUUGGUUGAUUCACCCUCGCCUCCAGUUCAGAUCUUUGCUGGUUGUAGAGAGCCAAAUGGACCAAAAUCUCAGGAUCUCCAGGAACUAGCUCAGAAGCACCACAAUGUGAUCACGGUUGUCCAACUUGACACGACUAGUCCUACUAGUAUCGCAGAGGCCUCAAAACUGGUGGAAGCCAAGCUGAAGGGCAAAGGCCUGAAUCUGAUCAUCAACAAUGCUGGUGUGAACAUCCCAGGAUCUCUAGCAGAGACGGGAAAACAGGAGAUGGUGGACGUGUACACAACCAAUGUUGUAGGACCCAUGCUCAUCGCAAAGAAUUUCCAUCCCCUCCUGUGCAAGGCUGCAGCUCAGUUUCCUCAUCAAACAAGCAUGUCUUGCAGUAGGUCAGCUAUUAUCAAUGUUUCCACACUGCUGUCAUCCAUCAGCAGAUGCCCUGAGAAUUUCUCUGUGUCUCCAAUGUACCCCUAUCGGGUCAGCAAGGCAGCACUGAACAUGUUAACUUGCUGCUUGGCGGAAGAUUUUAAAAAAUAUGGCAUUCUAGUUAUGUCUCUCCAUCCAGGUUGGGUCCAGACAGAAAUGGGAGGCCCAGAGGCUCCCCUGACGGCACUUACGAGCAUCAGCAGUAUGUUGAAAGUCAUCACAAGCCUCACCGAGAAAGAGAGUGGAACUCUUUUAGAUUGGGAAGGCAAAAAGAUCCCCUGGUGAUUACGGAACUCAUCUUGUGUGUUGUGUUCACAUCUUAAGUUUGACAUGUACUUCCACUUUUUUGUCUGUCUGCGGUUUGUCUGAGAAAAAUGUUUCUAACAGCCAUUCUAGUAUAAGACAUGGUAUUUAUUUACAGGUUCACAAACUUGUAAUACAGCAAUGAAAAAUAUGCCAUAGUGUAAUGCAUGUGAGAAAGAUCUCAUUUAAAAACGAGAAAACAGUUUUCUUUUGUCUUUAAUUUUCCCCUAACUGAUGUUUGUAUUGCAGUCUUUACAAAUUAAAUAUUAGAAACUGUUAUAAAAUUAGCUGUGACACAAUGGGAGAAUGGAUAAGCAAAACAAGGAAGAUUAGGAAAAUGUAAAAGAGAAAGCCAAAAG